CAUGCCUCUAGUAGAAAGCACAGCGGGCACAGCAGCAUACCUAUGAACACGAGCAGUCAGAGGGCAGCGUGUGCGGCUGGAGCUCUGAUGAAAACGGGCACAGAAGGACACAGAAGUGGUUUACAGCAGGACAGUGCGAGUCAAAAAGGCAGACCCCCUUUUUCACCCCCUCCAAGGAUGCAGCCUUGACCUCCCAGUGAGCAGUGAGACUGACCAAGUGUGUGUGACGCUCAUCUGAGCCUGCUGUUCCUGCUCCUGACCAGCGUGUGCAAGCGUGUGUAGCGAUGCCUCCAGCAAUAGGCGGUCCAGUGGGUUACACACCCCCAGAGGGUGGCUGGGGUUGGGCUGUGGUGGCUGGAGCCUUCAUCAGCAUCGGCUUCUCCUACGCCUUCCCCAAAUCAAUCACGGUCUUCUUCAAAGAGAUCGAGCAAAUCUUCGAUGCCACAAGCAGUGAGGUCUCUUGGAUCUCCUCCAUCAUGCUGGCUGUCAUGUAUGCAGGAGGACCAAUCAGCAGUAUUCUGGUGAACCAGUUUGGCAGUCGGCCAGUCAUGAUAAUAGGAGGCUGUCUGGCUGGCACAGGAUUGGUGGCUGCUUCCUUCUGUAACACUGUGACGGGGCUGUACUUUUGUGUGGGAGUGAUAGGAGGUCUGGGUUUGGCGUUUAAUUUAAAUCCAGCCCUGACAAUGAUUGGUAAAUACUUCUACAAGCGGCGUCCAAUUGCUAACGGCAUCGCAAUGGCGGGCAGCCCUGUGUUCCUGUCCACGCUGGCGCCACUGAACAGUUGGCUGUAUGACCAGUUUGGCUGGAGAGGGAGCUUCCUGAUCCUGGGUGGUGCUCUGCUCAACUGCUGCGUGGCUGGCUCCUUAAUGCGGCCCAUUGGGCCUAAGCCACAGCCACCGAAAGCCAAUGCGGAGGAGGAUGGAGGACCCAAAGGCCGUCAACAGAAAACAGUGAUGGAGACCAUCAACAGCUUCAUUGAUUUGACCCUCUUCAUGCACCGUGGGUUCUUGCUGUACCUCCUGGGCAAUGUCAUCAUGUUCUUCGGCCUGUUUGCCCCACUUGUCUUCCUCAGCAACUAUGCCAAGAGUAUGGGCAUUGCCAAGGACAAAGCUGCCUUCCUUCUGUCCAUGCUAGCCUUUACAGACAUGGUGGCACGGCCCUCGAUGGGGCUGGUGGCCAACACGCGAUGGGUCCGGCCACGGAUCCAGUAUUUCUUUGCUGCCUCCGUGCUCUAUAAUGGUGUUUGCCACUUGUUGGCCCCACUCUCAGUGGACUAUGUAGGGUUUGCUGUGUACGCAGUGUUUUUUGGUGUUGCGUUUGGCUGGCUGAGCUCCGUGCUGUUCGAGACCCUUAUGGACUUGGUGGGAGCGCAGAGGUUCUCCAGUGCUGUGGGGCUCGUCACCAUUGUGGAAUGUUUACCUGUUCUGCUCGGACCCCCGCUACUGGGCAAGUUGAAUGAUAAAUACAAGGACUACAAAUACACUUACCAGGGCUGUGGCAUCAUCCUGGUCAUAGCCAGUGUGUUCCUGUUUGUGGGCAUGGGGAUCAACUACCGUAUGCUGGACCGAGAGCGGAAGGAGGAGGAGAAGAAAGCUGGCCUGGAAGCCAGGGAUGAAGAGACCAACAUCGACAAUGCCAUCAAGGAGAAAGAGAAGGAAGCAGAGAAUGACGUGUCUACUCCACUCACACAAGCAGACGUAGCCAAAAUGGAUGAGGACACUGUAUAAUGUGCAUUUACAUGUGCACACCCCUUCACACUCAGACAUACCUGAUGACCAGCAUUGUCUUCCAAUUGACCGUCCGCAAUAAAUAAAAAUAAGCCAAGGACAAAGUUGUACAGGAGUAAGAAAUGUAAAAAGCUUCAGUCAGCCACACACAAACCAUUUUCGUUGUUUAUACACAAAUGUUCUGUGCUAGAUGUUCCAGUUCUUGCUCUUUUAGAUUUUAGAUUAUUCCUCUCACUUUGUAAUCUCAAUAUGACUGAAGUACCAAUGUUUUAUACACAAUCCCACAAAGUUCAUAUGUCACAAUGGCUGUUUUUCAGUAGUGGUUAUGCUACUGACACCCUGUUCAGUACAUGUAUCCUUGUAGAUGAGGUAAGGCGAUGAACAGGUACUUCUCAACAGUUCAAUAGAUUUGGUUACAGAUGUUUGAGCACCAGUUAGAACUUUUGCUGUAGUCUGGUAUGUGUGUCGAGAGAGCAGUACUCAGCAGAUACCUCUUAGGAAAGGGGGUUGAGUAUGGCUGUUAAUGGUCCGAUGUAAUUUCAUUUUAACUGGAGGAAUUCAGAAAAGUUGCUAAAGUACUUCUCACUAGUGCUCCUGACUCUUCUGCACAAUCACCAUGAUGAUUUGUAAUGCUUACCAGCAAUUAGACACAGUGCCAAACUCCAGUACUCCAGCACACUUCUGACAGGACAUUUUAUAUCGUAACUUCACGUCUUCACACCAGUGGUUUAGAUCUUAGGAAUUUCUUCUUCAGAUUGUGCAUGAAUAGUACAUGUGUAUUUUGUUUCUCUUCUGUAUUACGCUUCAUUGGUGGAACAUGUGAAAGGGUCAUCCCUUAAAAAUUUCUCAUUUGUCUAUUUUCAUAUGUAUGUUCUCCAUGUGAUCUAGGUUUUUAAGGAACAUUUUUUUUUAAAAUAAUCUCUAAUCUUUGUGCCUUUCAAUGAGGUGCCUUAUUUGUAAAGCCCUCUAAACUUAGCGAGAGUCCACAGCCUAUUAAAAUAAUUUUUAACCCUUUUCUACAAACUAGUAUGCCUAACUGUGGUGUCCUUGUUUAAUAUUAUGCAAAAAUACCAGAACAUUUCUUGUGGUUUUAUACUAACUGGACUAGCGAGUUUGGUCUGCUGCCUCCACAGAUGGUGCAGCUUGCAAUUUUUUUUAAUCAAUGGGUAGUAAUGAGCAUGUGAAAUUUAUGCAGUUGCAGUUCAAGAAACAUCUCUAAGAUCAACAGUGCUUAACUUCUUAAAAGCACAUCUGGGCUGUUUGCUCACAUUACUAUUACACUUGUGUUCUCCAGACACCAGUACACUGUAGGUAUCUUUUAUGUGAGUCUGCUCUUUUACAGGUGGAAGGCUCUCUAAGUGGAAGGCAAUUUAAAUUCUCUGUGCACUUCCACAUACCAAUAUGCACUUAUAUUUUAUUUUUAUUUUAAGUGCACUUUAGUCUGAGAUGGAUAGGCCAGGAUCACCAAUACUGCGGAGUUAUGUACACUUAAGUACACAGAAUAAGUAUGGAUCAGUCAUGAAUGCUGCAUGUUUCAUUAUCUGGGAUCUGUAACUGUUCUGUCAAUGGUAGCAACAGAAAAGAGACAGUUAACCUCUGAACUGCCAAACCACAUUACAUUUAACCUGUUAAGCUGACAAGGAAUCAGAAAUGCAUUUCUUCUAGCUGGUGUUAUGGCUUCUGUGUUAGAAAGCAAAUAUAUACUGUACCUGCAGUAUUUCUUCAUUCCAAAACUAAACUAUCAGCUAUAUGAUUAGUGUCCAGCUGUAGAGCUUUUUUUAAUGGCCCCUUUCAUGUGUACACAUUGUUUUAUAAAUGCUUUAGCUGGAAAUGAAAUGAAGGAAGAUGCAUUGUUGUAGAAAGGGGGAAGGGCAUUCCACACAGAAUGGAGGUGUGAGGACUGUCAGUACAGCUUUGAGUGUAAAAACACUCCGUACAGACUUUCGGUACUUUGAUUUAGGAUUAGACAGUGGGGGUUUUUUGGGAGUCAGGGUCUAGUUUUGUGAUAAUAAAUUUUCUUGUGUGAUAUUUUGUAGGUCUGACAUUUUCUGAGUAGUAAAUCAAUAAACUGUUUUUAAAAACAGA